UGAUUAUUAAUGAUUGUUUGUCAAUUUACUGAUCUAAUGAAAAUGAUAAUGGGAAACUAGAAGGAUUUUUUGUAUUUGAGAUAUGCACCGGAGUAAACGUAUCGGUUGAAUCAGUACAAGAGAUGAUUGAGGCGUUGUAUCUUUGAUUGACUGAAUUGACUCAUUCAAUGAUAUUUCGGAGACAGAAAUAUAUCAUGCAACAGUGAUGCGCCGGAUUUAGAGUGUGGUUCUUUGAGCUAUCAAGCACAUAUUUUAAGGUUGACUUAUAAAGUAAAAUAUGAGUGAAACUGAGACUCUUUUAGACAAUGUAUUGAUACAUUAGUAUAUAUCAUCUUUCCUAUGACACAAAUUAAAAUAACAAGUGAUACGCCAUAACUGAAAUUGAAAAGUAGGACACUGUGUACACGUUUAUUUUUUUAAAUACGGUGAAACAUCGAAGGAACGAAACCAAAUAUACACUGUGUCUAUAAGUACAGUAAGACAAUGUCAAAAUACAAGUUGAUUUAUUUCGACGUGCGGGGAAGAGGAGAGGUGGCUAGAAUGUUGUUCACUGUUGCUGGGGUGUCAUUCGAGGAUAAGAGAGUGCCUGUCGAUGCAGUUGAGUGGGACGAAAUGAAAUCAAAGAUGCCACAACACGUUCUACCCGUGCUGGAAGUGGAUGGAAAGCAGCUGUCACAGAGUUUGACGAUCUGUAGAUACCUCGCACGAGAAUUUCAUUUAUGUGGGAAGACGGCCUGGGAGCAGGCAAAGGUGGAAGAAAUUGUAGACACAAUGGAGGAUCUCAGGCUAGAGGUGGCGAAGUGGAUAUACGAGAAGAACGAGACUAAGAAGAAUGAAAUAUCGGAGCAUUUGAAAGAACAGGUGUAUCCAAAGUUUGCUAAAAUACUGGAAACUUCUCUCAGGGGAAAUGAAGAAAACGACAACAGCAGUGGAUACCUUGUUGGAGAAAAUCUUACCUUAGCGGACCUCAGUGUUUUCGAGACGUUGACGUUCCCGUUGACAAUUCAUCCAAGCAUUCUGGACGACCAUAUAGAGCUCCAACAGCAUCGCCAUCGAAUCAAAACCCACAAACGUCUUUCUGACUACAUCAGUAACAGACCGCUGAGACCAGUCUAGGGCUAGUCCUACGUCACUUUCUACUCAGGCGUUUCUAUGAAUAGAAAUCAAAAUUGGCUUUCAUUUAGAUGCAAUACAAAAUCUUGGCAAUCGAUAUAAGACUUCAGUAAUAUUUUCUGCAGUCGUGAAGAUAUGUUGGAUUAAAGAAGUUGAUUUCGAUGAAAUCCAAUCAUUGCCCCAAAAUCGAGGAAUAAUUUUGGGCAACAUGAAAAUAAUUUAUAUUUUAUAUGCUUUCAGAAAUACAUGUGUGUUUUUGCGAGUUCUAUCAAAUGUCGCUAUAUAAUGACACUUCAUCUCUGCAUUAAUGCUUUGUUUGACACAUAGCACAUAAUAAUAAAAGGACAUUUUCAUUUCUCAACGAUUGUUUAAUUCAUUUAAAAUGGAAUUCAUUUAAUGUGAGGUUAUUUGUGAAAAUGUCUUUAUAUAGCGUGCCUUAAUGUUCACUUUUUUGUAAAUUAUUAACACUUACUCUUUUUAACAUUUUCGAACUAUAAAUUAAUUCAUUUCUGGAAAGAUUGUUAAAGAACACAUCACGGAGUGUACCUGCUAUGUGUAUAUGUUUUAAAUAGCUUUCAUUUGCCAUCAGUAUUUCGCAGUUGUUCAAUAUAUAUAUAUAUAUAUAUGUCGUUGUAAUGCCCUAGCCAUCGGUACAGAAAUAUCAUAAAUAGUUAUUGUUCAGGGCUUAGGUGCUAUAAUAAAUAAUGUUUGUUUCCGGUUUCCCGACCUACCCUAUUUUUGCCCCGACUAUUAACCUUUUUUUUGCCUGAAAAUUUUGAGAUCAUUUGUUUAUAUCUUUUGUUUGACAAUGGACUUUCUACAAUACCCGCGAUGCUAAUAUUGAUUGUAUAUAUGUUUAAUAAGCGUAUAUUUCAUAGUUUUAGGUAACAUACAAUUUCAAGAAACAAUUAGCCUUAUAAAAAUAUAGAUAAUUUCCGAACUACAUACCCUGGCCUUUGUCCCUAUUCAUUAUUCAUUUAUUUAUUUUUCUGUGUGUGUGUGUGGGGGGGGGGGGUAUGGAACCGGCAACAUUAAUAUUUUGUACGCCUUAUUAAUAAAUCGCAUUGUACGAUCACUUUCCUAGAAACGUACCUCUGAGUAGUAAUACAAUAUAUUUGAAAUUUAACGAUUUAAUUCAAAAUAAUUUGCAUUCAAUAUGUUAAAUUUUAUUAUAUUUCACCGAAUUGUUUGAUAAAACGAUAUUGUUGCAGGCAUAUUUUGUUAAAAUGUUUGUUGAAGUUGUUUUUUCAUUCUAUAGAAUUGUACACCGAGUUACUAGUGUUUUUUUUUAUUGUUAUUUUUAUCUAUUCUGGUUAUUUUUGUUUUGUAUCUUUUGAAAAAAGCAACAUGAUACUCUGUUUCACAUAUAGAUAUAUGUAUUUAUAUAAGUAACUAAUACUUGCAUCAUAUUCUAGAUUAUUAACAAAUUUAAUUACUGCCAUAACUUUAGCAGGGAUAGUUUUGUACAACACCUUAUGUGUAUUUUGACGUAUAACAUAUCUAAUCAGAUGUUUUAUAUACGUACACAUAUAAUUAUACUUAUCUUAAAUUAUCAAACGUCUACGAGCAUCACCGUAGUAGUUACUCUUGUUAUCUGUUUUGGCCAUGUGCGGUGACAUACUCUGCCAUCGACACUCCGUUUUCUUUGUGUUUUUUUAAGUGUGUCCUAUUGUCCAAGUUUUAAUGCUAUUUUAAAGAGGUCCAAGCUUUGCUACUUUACGUAACAAAAUACUGCACGUUGUCAGCCAACUUUAAUUUGCUUUAACUUGCCAAUAAAUCGGGACUGCAUUAGUUGAAAUAAACUCGAAGAAAUAAAAACAAGCCCACUAUACUAACUCUACCACUGUUUAAGAAAUUUAGUAAUUCGUGUGACUCGAGUAACUAAUUCAAAGUUGCUGUAUUUGUCAGAUAUAUAAUGUUUAUAUUGUUGAUUUUUGAGGUGUAUAGAUAGUAUCAUUUUACGUGUAAAUGCAUUCAUAUCAAGUUAAUUAUAUGUUAUC